GGCUUCUCUCUUCUCACUUUGUCAGCAGCAGUUAAGGCUAGAGCUCUGGCAUAAGUGACUAAAUAGACGUGGGUCGGUCUGAAAAAGAAUCUAGCCAUUGUUGGGUUCCUGAGGGAAACGAAAGUGAGUGAAAAAUGGAAGACAAAAUGGAGAGCAAGAAGAAAGCUGGCUCUUCUAUACGCUCCGUUUUCAUGCACGCUGAUGGUGUUGAUAAACUCUUGAUGGCGUUGGGGCUGUUCGGAAGCAUCGGAGACGGCUGCACAACGCCUCUGGUCUUGUUGAUCACUAGCCGCUUGAUGAACAAUGUCGGCGGCGCCUCAUCCAACGCUCAAGAUGCCUUCUUGCAUAACAUCAAUAAGAAUGCAGUGGCGCUAUUGUACUUGGCUUCUGCAUCAUUUGUUUGUUGCUUCCUAGAGGGAUAUUCUUGGACAAGAACUGGUGAGAGGCAAGCAGCUAGAAUGAGAGUAAGAUAUUUGAAAGCAGUGUUAAGACAAGAUGUGGGCUACUUUGAUUUGCAUGUCACAAGCACCUCAGAGGUUAUCACCAGCGUCUCUAGUGAUAGCCUUGUCAUUCAAGACGUCCUUAGUGAAAAGGUGCCAAACUUUGUAAUGAACUGCUCUAUGUUCCUUGGGAGCUAUGUUGCGGCGUUCAUAAUGCUGUGGAGGCUAGCCAUCGUUGGGUUUCCGUUUGUGGUGCUUCUGGUGAUUCCGGGUUUGAUAUACGGACGGACUUUGAUGGGACUGGCUAGGCAGAUUAGAGAUGAAUACACCAAGGCUGGCACAAUAGCAGAACAGGCACUGUCAUCAAUUAGAACCGUGUAUGCAUUUGUUGGAGAAAAGAAGACUAUAACAGAGUUCUCUGCAGCUCUACAAGGCUCAGUGAAGUUGGGGUUGAGUCAGGGCCUGGCAAAAGGCUUGGCCAUUGGAAGCAACGGUGUCGUUUUCGCGAUUUGGUCGUUCAUGUCCUACUAUGGCAGCAGAAUGGUCAUGUACCAUGGCGCUAAGGGAGGCACUGUUUUCGCUGUUGGUGCUGCAAUAGCUGUUGGUGGAUUGGCAUUGGGCGCAGGCUUAUCAAACUUGAAGUACUUCUCAGAAGCGUGUUCAGCCGCUGAACGAAUAAUGGAGGUGAUUCGGAGAGUCCCCAAGAUCGAUUCAGACAACAUGGAAGGAGAAAUACUAGAGAACGUUUUAGGGGAAGUUGAAUUCAAGCACGUAGAAUUCGCCUACCCGUCAAGGCCAGAAAGCAUUAUCUUCAAAGACUUCAACUUAACGGUUCCAGCUGGGAAAACAGUGGCAUUGGUGGGUGGUAGUGGCUCCGGAAAAUCGACAGUGAUUUCGCUGUUGCAGAGAUUUUAUGAUCCACUCGGGGGAGAGAUUCUCAUUGAUGGGGUGGCCAUAAACAAGUGUCAGCUCAAGUGGUUGAGGUCACAGAUGGGACUGGUGAGCCAAGAGCCUGCUCUGUUUGCAACCAGCAUAAAAGAGAACAUACUUUUUGGGAAAGAAGAUGCUACCAUUGAAGAGGUUAUUGAGGCUGGUAAAGCUUCUAAUGCUGACAAUUUCAUCUCUCAGUUGCCUCUGGGAUAUGACACACAGGUUGGCGAGAGAGGUGUUCAAAUGUCGGGAGGGCAGAAGCAAAGAAUAGCCAUUGCCCGAGCAAUCAUCAAGAAACCACGCAUCCUUCUUCUAGAUGAAGCCACGAGCGCAUUGGACUCCGAAUCAGAGCGUGUAGUUCAAGAAGCUCUUGAUAAAGCAGCUGUCGGACGUACGACGAUAAUCAUCGCCCACCGCCUCUCUACCAUCCGAAACGCCGACGUCAUUGCUGUCGUUCAAAACGGGCAGGUCAUGGAGACGGGCUCACACAACGAGCUAUUCCAACGUGAAAAUGGUCUCUAUACCUCGCUUGUCCGCUUACAACAAACAGAGAAGCAAAGAGGACCAGAAGAGCAAGGACAUUACGCAUCGUCAUCUAUAUCAAACAUGGACAUUCACAACACAAGCAGUCGUAGGCUUUCUAUGGUCAGCCGCUCAAGUUCUGCUAACUCAUUUGCGCAAGGUCGAGCUUCAUCAGUGGUUGCUGGGGAAGAUGAGAUCGUAGAAGGGCAGAAGCUGCCUGUCCCAUCUUUUCGGAGAUUGAUAGCUUUGAACCUUCCGGAGUGGAAACAAGCGCUUUUGGGGUGCUUCAGUGCGGUCCUUUUUGGUGCAGUUCAGCCAGCAUAUGCAUUUGCUAUGGGGUCAAUGGUGUCGGUUUAUUUCUUGACAGAUCACGAUGAGAUCAAGGAGAAGACGAGGAUUUAUUCACUUUGCUUUCUGGGGUUGGCUAUUUUCUCUUUGCUGGUUAACAUUUGCCAGCAUUACAACUUUGCCUACAUGGGAGAGUACUUGACUAAGAGAGUUAGAGAGAGGAUGCUUUCCAAGAUUCUUACAUUCGAAGUUGGGUGGUUUGAUCAAGAUGAGAAUUCCAGUGGUGCCAUUUGCUCUAGACUCGCCAAAGAUGCCAAUGUGGUGAGAUCUUUAGUGGGUGAUCGGAUGGCUCUACUUGUUCAAACUUUCUCAGCUGUGACUGUAGCCUGCACAAUGGGUUUGGUCAUUGCAUGGAGACUUGCCUCAGUUAUGAUAGCAGUACAACCCAUUAUCAUUGUGAGCUACUACACCAGGCGUGUCCUGCUCAAAAGUAUGUCCAGGAAAGCCAUCAAAGCUCAAGAUGAAAGCAGCAAGCUAGCUGCAGAAGCAGUCUCCAACCUCAGAACCAUCACUGCCUUCUCAUCUCAGGACCGUCUGUUGAAAAUGCUCGAAAAGGCCCAAGAAGGCCCACGUAAGGAAAGCAUCCGACAAUCGUGGUUUGCGGGGAUUGGGCUUGGUUGUUCUCAAAGCCUUACCACUAUCACCUGGGCUUUUGACUUUUGGUACGGUGGCAAGCUCGUUGCCAAGGGCUACGUCACAGCAAAAGCUCUUUUUGAGACUUUCAUGAUAUUGGUGAGCACUGGCCGGGUUAUUGCCGAUGCCGGAAGCAUGACUUCAGAUCUUGCGAAAGGGUCGGAUGCUGUUGCGUCCGUAUUUGCCGUGUUGGACCGGUACACAAAAAUAGAACCCGAAGACCCGGAAGGUUGCGAGCCCAAAAGAAUAACCGGCCACAUAGAACUUCGUAACGUACAUUUUGCAUACCCCGCUAGGCCUGAUGUGAUGAUUUUCAAAGGAUUCUCAAUCAAAAUCGAAGCUGGAAAAUCAACCGCGUUGGUGGGACAAAGCGGGUCUGGAAAGUCAACAAUCAUUGGAUUAAUUGAAAGAUUUUAUGAUCCAUUAAAAGGAGAAGUGAUAAUUGACGGUCGAGACACGAAAUCGUACCACCUCAGGUCAUUAAGGAAACAUAUAGCACUUGUUAGCCAAGAGCCAACGCUAUUUUUAGGUACCAUAAGAGAGAACAUCAUAUAUGGCGUGUCGGAUAAGAUUGACGAAUUGGAGAUAAUCGAAGCAGCGAAGGCAGCCAACGCUCAUGAUUUCAUUUCAAGCCUUAAGGAGGGAUAUGACACUUCAUGUGGAGACAGAGGAGUGCAACUGUCUGGGGGACAGAAGCAACGCAUUGCUAUAGCGAGAGCUAUAUUGAGAAACCCAGUGGUGUUACUAUUAGAUGAGGCGACCAGUGCGCUUGAUAGUCAGUCGGAGAAGGUGGUGCAAGAUGCGCUAGAGCGGGUGAUGGUGGGGAGGACUAGUGUGGUGGUGGCGCACAGGUUGAGUACCAUACAACACUGUGAUCUGAUCACAGUACUUGAUAAAGGGAGAGUAGUGGAGAAAGGGACUCACUCAUCUCUUUUGGCCAAAGGGCCUAAAGGUUCUUACUACUCAUUGGUUAGCUUGCAAAGGACGCCAUCUGCAUCAGAUCUUACUAAAUUGCCAUGAACGGCUUUUCAUUUCCCCAUCGGUUCUGAAGGGUUAAUGGUUCCUUGAAGCAGUGUUAUCUUAUACAUAAAUAUUGUGUACGAAAUGGAACAGUGGUUUUCUUCUUU